CCGCACGCGGCGCGCCACGCCCGCCCUGUCCCCCUGGCUGGCCUCCCCCGCCGCUGCCCGCUCUCCUCCUCCCACGUCACCCACACCACACUAGCUCAGAUCCGAGACCCUUAGUACGUGAGUGAGUGACGUGACAGCACAGGCGGCAAUGGCGGGUGUGGGCACGCCGCUGAGGCUGAAGGAUCUCCUGGAGCUGGACUGCGACUCGUGCAGCGCCGCCGGCUUCAGCUGCUACCCUCGGCGCCUCCCCACCGCGUCGCCGCCAAUGUGGCACCUGCUCGAGUCGUCCGACGCGGCUCGCCGCUUCGGCCGCUCGCCGUCCCUGCGGCGCCCGGGUAAUAAGCUAGCCGACCUCUCGAGGAGCCUCUCGCGCCGGCUCAGGGGCGGCUUCUGGCGGCACCGCGACGAGGAGGCCGCGGCGACUGUGAGAGGGUGCGGCUGCGGCUCCGAGCCGGAGACGUCGUCGGAGUCGAGCGACACGUCCGGCGGGAGGAGGAUGAUGUCCCGGUCCGAGUCGGACUCGGACUUCUCGUCGGCGAGCUCGGCCUCGGAGAGCAUGUACGCUGCCGUACUGCCCGCCGCCGGAGACGAGCACGAGGCGAUGAAGAGGGGGUCCAGCUCGGGCUCGGAGGUGGACGACGACCAGGAGCAGCUCAGCCCGGUGGCCGUCAUGGAUUUCCCCUUCGACGACAGCGGCGAGGCCGGGGAAGGUGGCGGCGGCGACGCCGAGGAACGGAGGGACGACGCCGGCGCGUGCUCGCCUUCCUUCGAUGACAGCCUCGCGGGUCUCCAGAGGAGAAAGAUGCACGAGAUCCGACGGUUCGGGAGCCUCGACGAGGAUCUCGAGGCGAGCCUCGCAGCCAGCUCGGACCCCGAUGGCCUCGCCGACGACGUCCCAGUACAGCAGCUCCAUUGCUGCACCGACGCGACAACGCAGCCACGCGCAAGCAGCGGUCACCGCGGCGCCGACGUCCACGACGAGCCAGACGAGCACGGCCUCCUUACGCUGCUCAUGGGCACGGUCUCGGCCGGCGCGGACGUCGUCUCGGAGCGGCUUCUGCUCGAUUUCUUCGUCGAGAUGAAAGUGAAACGACGCUCGGAACACGCUGGGCUCCCAGCGCCGGCCGGCCUGCUGCCGCGAAAGGCCGAACGAUUGGGAGACGGUGAGAUUCUGAGGGCGGCCAGGGGAUGGUUGGACGGCGCGGGGACUGAGCUGUGGGGUUUGAAGGACGUGCCGCGCGGCGGGGAGACCGUCGUGGCGGAGAUGGAGCGGGGGCGGCGGUGGAUGCAAGUCGGCGAGGAGGAGCGGGAGAUCGGUGUGGCCGUGGCGGGGAGGGUGAUCGAUCAGCUGGUGGAUGAGGUGGCGUGGGAUUUGGUUUUGCAGGUCUGGAUGUGAACUUGGAUGUUAACGUGGAAUGCAACAGAGCGUGUAUGCAGCAAAUGAUGAACUUGCUUGGCAGAUUGCAUGGCCAUCUAGCGUACGUGGUAGCAAGUCACGGACUCCCAAGAGUACUGUCGCUUCAUGUAGGAGGAAGUGAGCAAUGGUAGCAGAGUACAAACCUCUGUUCAGAUCUGCCAAGUGCAGAGAGCUCCAUCAUAACCUCGAGAUAACAUUAUCUAAAAAAAACAACCUCAAGAUAAACUUACGUAAAUCUUUCCUUAUCGGGCUGGGCUGGUUUCCGCGGGCCUAGGAGAUUACAAUAUCCCAGUACAGCCCAUGUGUGCCGUUGUGUCACUACGUGGGCCAGGUCACCUUAAUUUGCUAAACUAAGGCCUGAAAGUUUUGGGCCUGAUUGUUCGGCUAGUGG